CUGGGAAAAAUAAUCCCCACGCCGUUUCCCUCUCCCCAUCUCCCAAUUAUCAAACAAUUCCAUAAAUGGCGACUCAAUCAAAUUCACAUCUCAAACACAGAAAGAAAGAAGAAGAAGAAGAAGAAAAAGCACAUGAUCAGAUCAUGAACAAUGGAACCGCCGCCGCCGCCGCUGCGAGAGCGAGGAGACAGAAAGCCAAACGCGGCCUUAGAUCUCUGGGAAUCGCCGUCGUUCUCCCUCUCUCCCUGACGCUUCUCGACAUCUCCCUGUUCGGGGCGAGCCAGCAGUACCGGGCCAUGGAGAAGCCCUUCUGGGUCCCGCGCCUUUGGGCCCUGCACCUCGCUUGCCUGGGCUCCGCCUUCCUGAUGGGCCUCUCCGCCUGGCUAGUCUGGGUCGACGGCGGCUUCCACCGCUGCCCCGCCGCCAUGGUCCUGUACCUCAGCCAGCUCGCGCUCGGCCUCGCGUGGGACCCCGUCGUGUUCAAGGCCGGGGACACGCGCGCCGGGCUCGUGCUCUGCCUCGGACUCGUCGGGGCGCUGGUCGGGUGCGCCCGGACGUUCAAAAACGUGAAUCCGAUCGCCGGCGACCUGGUCAAACCUUGUCUCGGAUGGGCUCUUCUUGUCUCCGUCACCAACCUUAAGCUCAUUUCAUCCCGUUGAUCAUGACGACGUCGUAUCAUGAAUUCAUGCCCCAUCUAACUUUUGUCACUCGUAUUAAUUAAAAAAAAGCAAUUAGUAGUGUGAGAUGAUGUUUUUAGGGAAACCUUUCGUAGGAGGUUCCACACCAUCAUGUUUUUAGUUUUUUUUUUUUGGAUAUUGUUGUAAAAUAUAUAAAAAAAUAAUAUUGUUGUAAAUAUUGUUGCAAAUAUUGCGAAUAACCUAAUGGUAUGUUUGGGAACAUGGAUUUGGAUUUCAAAUCCGGAUUUGGCUUAAAUUCCAUGUUUGGGAAACUUAAGCAUUUUAAAUUUGGAUUUGAAUCAAAUUCUUUAUAUUCAAAACAAAGCUUAAUUUGAAAU